AAUUACUUAAAUUUUAUUUUCUCAGUUACCUGAUGGUAAACAUGUUGAAACAUCAGCUGAGUUGGCUCGUGGUUAUGAAGUCAGUAAUCGCAAACGCUGUAGAAAUAUUCAAGAGAAACAAAAGCCAGAAUUUACUAAAGAUACUCAGACUCAUUGUUCAAGCUCAUUCCCACAUUUAUCAACAGCUUGUGCAGCAUAUUUAGGUAUUGAGGAAGAUUUAUUUUUAGAAGCAUGUCGAUGGGAUGUUUCUCAAGGAAAGGAUGUAUGCAUUAGUUCUGAUGCAUUUGCUGGUUAUUGCACUGUUCGAGGAAUGAAAUCCGCGCCAUGCUCAUCUAAACCUAGUUGGUAUCUGAAAACUGUUAAUUCUGCUAAAAAACUGGAAGUGAUAUUAGUAAUUGAAGAAUAUCACAAGAUGUUUGCUUCAGGAUUAAAAGGUUUAGAUAGCUUAUUUUCAGCUAUACAUGAUGAAUUUAAAAAGAAUGGAUAUGAAAGUAUUGUAUUCAGUGUAAUUGGAUAUGGUGGCAAAGGCAAUCAUUGGGAUCCUCACAUUUAUACACCAGACAGUAACAUUUGGCAUUCAAAAGCAGAAUUAGUUUCUCAUUUGGAAAACUUACUUAAAUUUGAAGGAGAGCACAAAGGAAACACUCUUGAAGCAAUUAAAUAUGCAACAACAAUCUUACCAUUUGAUAUGCAAGCUUCCAGGGUCAUGCUUCUCUUUACUGAUCAUGAUACUAAUGUAUGUCAUAUUUUAUUAUUAUUCAUUUAAUAGUUUAUA